AUGUGGCAGCUGCUGGCCUGGGGCAGCCCAGCCCACACCUGGGGGGACGAGGCUCAGUUUGGGACAGAGCUCGACCCCAUCACACGCCUGGCUUCAGGCUCGGGACUCCUGUCACCAGGAGCAGCCAGGGGACAAGCCACCCCGGCUCAUUGGGACAGGAGGCAAAUCAACCCCAAGCCCCCAGGGAAGCUGGCGGCAGCAGUGGGGCGGCCGUGCGAAGCCUCAGCGCUGUGGCCACCCCGCAACCGCAGCUCAACGGUCCCCCCAAAGCCGUCGGCUGCCCUCACCGGCCCCCCCAAAGCCGUCGGCUGCCGUGGGGCUCCCCGGGGCACGGGCAGCCCCCGCAGGGAGGGAGCCGGCUUUCCCGGAGCGCGGGGAGCGCCCGGCUGGGGGCCAAGCGGGUUGGGAAACAAAGAGGAGCUGAAAUCGGGACAGGGUGGCUGUGGUAGGGACAGGCUGGCCAUAGUGUUCAAGGGACAUCAGGGUUUUGGUGGAGACAGGGGCUGUAGUGGCAAGGGGAUAUGGGGGCUGUGGUGA